CCAGCCACCCGGUGACGUGUCGCGAAAGUGCCGGAAGAAUACAGCCCAAGAUGGCUUACCAAACGUUUCAGCAGGAGUACUUGCAAAUCCCUUUGGUGACCAGGGCUUAUACAACCGCCUGUGUGAUCACCACUGCUGCCGUGCAACUAGAGCUAAUAACUCCAUUUCAGCUAUAUUUCAACCCAGAUUUAAUAUUUAAGAACUAUCAGGUAUGGCGGUUAAUCACAAAUUUCCUUUUUUUUGGUCCAGUUGGAUUUAACUUUUUAUUUAAUAUGAUUUUUUUGUAUCGAUACUGUCGCAUGCUGGAGGAAGGCUCUUUCCGGGGACGCACGGCUGACUUUGUCUUCAUGUUCCUGUUCAGCGGACUGCUGAUGACUGUCUUCGGCAUGUUUGUGAGUCUGGUGUUCCUGGGCCAGGCCUUCACCAUCAUGCUGGUGUACGUGUGGAGCCGGCGAAACCCCAGCGUGCGAAUGAACUUCUUCGGGCUGCUCAACUUCCAGGCCCCCUUCCUGCCCUGGGUGCUCAUGGGCUUCUCCCUGCUGCUGGGCAACUCCAUCAUCGUGGAUCUCUUAGGUACCGGCCCCGCUGCAUUACCAACCUGCUCUUUAUCAUCCAUCCAUCCAUCCACCCCCCCCUGCAAUACCAACCUGCCCUUUAUCAUCCAUCCAUCCAUCCAUCCACCCUGCAAUACCAACCUGCCCUUUAUCAUCCAUCCAUCCAUCCAUCCACCCCCCCUGCAAUACCAACCUGCCCUUUAUCAUCCAUCCAUCCAUCCAUCCACCCCCCCUGCAAUACCAACCUGCCCUUUAUCAUCCAUCCAUCCAUCCAUCCAUCCAUCCCCCCUGCAAUACCAACCUGCCCUUUAUCAUCCAUCCAUCCAUCCAUCCAUCCAUCCCCCCCCU